AUGUUCGAGGAUCGCGCACUGAUGGGUCGACUCAAAGCUGGAGGUUUUGAUCUGAUUUUGGCCGAUCCUUACCAUGUAGCCGGUGUCAUGAUGGCCCAUGUACUUGAGAAGCCGUUGGUGCUUUUUGGCAGGUGGAUGAUAGCCGGGGACCUCCACUUUAAUUUAGCCCCGUCGCCACUUUCUUUUGUGCCCAUGAUAAGUUCACGCCUGAGCGACAGGAUGUUGCUUUUGGACAGAUUGAGGAACGUGUUGAUAUAUGGAAUAUCGAGAUACAUGAACAACUUCCACAUUUACCCAGUUUACAACAAACUGUGCCAGCUUUACCUCAAUAGUGACAUUACGGUGGAAGAACUUUAUCAAAAGGCUGAUAUCGUGCUAAUGAAGGUUGACUUUGCCUUUGAGUAUCCUCGGCCGACCGUGCCAAACCUGGUUUACAUCGGAGGUUUUCAGUGCAGCCGGGGUCGACCGCUCCCUGCUGAACUGCAGCGGUUCAUGGACAGUUCUGGCGAGGAUGGCGUGGUGAUCUUCUCCUUAGGAAGUGUGGUGGGCUUCCUUCCACCAGAGCUGGCGAGUGAAGUCGCGGCGGGACUAGCCCGACUCCCUCAGAGGGUGAUCUGGCGGUUUACUGGAAGACUGCCCUCAACCUUAGGGAACAACACUAAGAUAAUGAGCUGGCUUCCUCAAAAUGAUCUGCUGGGUCAUCCGAAGACAAGAGCGUUCAUCAGUCACGGUGGGGAAAAUGGGAUUUAUGAGGCCAUUUACCACGGGGUCCCCGUGGUUGGCAUCCCAAUCUUAUUUGAUCAAUAUGAUAACCUUCUGCGUCUCAAAACCCGAGGAGCUGCGGUCAUGUUAGAUUUGGCUCACUUGAAAAGAGACGAUGUUUUCCAGGCAGUCAAGACCGUCAUCGAGACCCCUUCCUAUGGGGAGAACAUGAAACGAAUAUCUGCCUUGCACAGAGAUGUUCCAGUGGAGCCAAAGGAGCUGGCUGUUUUCUGGGUUGAAUACACAAUAAGGCACCGAGGGGCUGCUCAUUUUAGAUCCGCGGGUAAUGAGCUGCCAUUCUAUCAGUACUACUUACUGGAUGUGUUUGUCAUUGUUCUGGUUUUCGUGGGGCUUUUCCUUUAUCUUGCAUUUAAAUUGCUAAAAACUUUACUUGUCAAAGUGUGCUCGGGGAAGAAGAGGAAACAGGACUAA